AUGCCCACGUGGACGCUGUGCUUGGGCAGCAGGACGAGCUUGAUCUCCAUGGCCGGCAUCCGCUACGAGGGCACCCUGAGCGGGGUCAACUCGGACGACUGCACCGUCGCCUUGGCCAAAGUGCGUGUGUGCGGCACGGAGGGUCGCCCCGCCGAGCGAGCCGUCGCCCCUCGCGAGGAGAUCUACGACUACAUCAUCUUCCGUGCCAGCGAGAUCAAGGACCUGGCGGCGUUGGGGUGCCCGCUCUCCGCUCUGCACCCCCACCUGGCCGUCGUGCAGUCCUCCUCGUCACGGGGCGCCCGCCCCCUGCGGGACACGCAGCGCGGAGCCCGCCGGCUCGUGCGGGACACGGCGGACGGGCGGCGGCCUGCACACGGAGGAGCCACAGCAGCCUUUGCAGGUGCUCGCUAA